AUGACCUCCACUAAUCUCAACGCGCGGAGUUGUCAUAAGGCGACCUAUAUUGACGACCUGGAAGUGAGCCUUGAGCGAUUUUGGAAGGUGGAAGAACUGCCACCUGACGUCCCAGACCGGUUAGCUUUACAAGACCAUGAGCUCGAGGAACAUUUCAGAGCUCACACGAAGAUUGCUGAGGAUGGUCGAUACGUCGUCCGAAUUCCCCUACGGGGGGAGUUGACACAACUGGGAGACUCCAUCGAACAGGCUCAACUAUUAUCACUCGAGCGGAAGCUGUCUCGGCAUGAAGAUACUUACGAGGAGUACCGAAAGUUCAUGCGCGAAUAUCUUGAGCUAAGACACAUGACUCCUGUACCGGCAGACGAACUACAUAAGGUUCGAUACGUAAUCCCACAUUCGUGUGUGAUAAAACCAGAUUCUACAACCACGAAGCUGCGAGUAGUCUUCGACGCGAUUGCGAAGUCCACCACUGGAAUUUCGCUUAACGACCUACAAGCCAUCGGGCCAACAGUGGUGGUUACAGCGGACAUUGCGAAGCUGUAUCGCCAAAUCUGGGUAGCUGACUCGGACACCUGGAUGCAGUGCAUAUUAUGGCGCGAAGAUGCAAGAGAUACCGCUCCAAUGUUAACCGGAUACAUCUAA